AUGCCAUUCAGACAGGCGUUUCAGGACAUCAUCCAUAAGGCAGACAAGGCUUGGGAUGAAAUAACCAAUCGUGCCCCUCCGCCUAUUCCAACCUCUACCAAGCCACCAGCCGCUUAUCAGGAACAGCACUCGCAACCGCAGGUCUACUGGCAACCCAAUCUACAUCCCCAAGUACCGGUGUCCGCAAACUUUUAUCACGAACAGGGCCAAAAUGGAUGGGGCAACAAUGAGGCGCAGAAUUAUGUCGACAGCCCGCAAAAUUCAUUCCAUUCAAUCCAGGGCGAUGCGGUGAUUGUGCGCGCCCUGAUCAACCACGGCAAUCCCGACCCGGCCCAGAAGUUUACCAGCGCCCGACUGUCGAGUCACCAGACCCUCAGCCGACCACGGGGCUGUCUGUCUGCCAGAAUUACAGCACCGGUUGCCCGAGGUAUCUGGCCUGCCUUUUGGCUGCUGCCUAAAGACCCCUUCAAGUGGCCCGAGGACGGCGAAGUCGACAUAAUGGAGACGUGGAACGGCGAUGCUAUCAACCACACUUGUCUGCACUGGGGUCACUUCAACGGCGAGGACUGGAACAAGCAUCGUGUGCUUGAAACCCCCAUCCCCAACAUUAGCUCGCCGAUGGGGGUGAGGUACGAUUUUAUCUGGGACGAGGACGAGACGACAGGCAGCGGGCGCUUGGUCUGGUUGAUUAAUGGUACGCCCAUCAUGAGGGCUGAGAAGCCGUCUGGCACGAGGAGAAUGAGUGAGUUCAGAAUUCUCAUCAACAUCGCCGUUGGAGGAAAUGUCUGUCAGGGAAUUAUGCCCAGCGAUGGAUGCUACGACACAGUGGUUCGUGAAUUGGCUAUGUGGGAUGCGCCGCCUGGGGGCUGGAGCGAGUUUGACAGGGCUUGGGGGUAUUCGAAAGAUGGCAAUACCAUGUAA